AUGAAGGUACCAUCCACAAGCCUUGAGGGACUUUCUGUCGCUGGCGCCUCACGUCUCGAGCCGCUUGGAGUUAGUCAAGAGAUCCACGUGGAGUCAUUCUCGUCCUCAAGGCUGCGCGAGCUUGCCAAGGCAUAUAUCGAAGAUGUGCAUGUCUUGCACCCCAUGUUUGAAGAGCCAUGGAAGAUGUGCGAAGAGUUCAUCGAAAAUUACAGCGAUAGCGCAGCGACAACGGGAUCUAUCAUGUCGAGUCUGAAAAACGCUAUCGUGCUACUCCUUCUCGCGCUUGGGAGCUGUAAGCCCAUCAGCGAUGGUACAAAGCAUUCGGGCGUACUUCCAGGCAUUGUAUAUUACUCCUACGCCCAAAUCAUUCUUGCCAGCAAGCGUAAAAAAUACGAUAUAAGCGUUGCGCAAGCCAUGACUUUGGCUGCGCUAUAUGAAAAUCAAAUUGGGAUGCUCCAGAAGAGCUACGCGAGCGUUAGUUAUGCUUACCACAUAUACACAGAUCUUUGCAACCAUGCUAGGUUUUCCGGAGAUGCUUCGGCUGUCCAAAAACAGAAUACUUCCUUCUCAGAGGAGACGAAAAGGAGCUUUUGGAUAUGUCAAGAUCUGGCACGUGGUAUCAACACUUGCCUCAGCAUUGUCUCAGCCGACCCCGUUCGCACCUCUGGAUGCGACAUGUUUCCCGGCGAGAGCCCAGAAGAGGGCCCUGCGAUGGUUCUCGCGACCAGGGCGUUGCUUCGAAAAACAUUUGACGAAGUGCAAAAGCUUGCGCCAACAGAAAAUACUGCCACUGGAAGAAUUGAUGAAGACGACCUGGAACAUUUGAUGAGCUUUGCGAACAGCCAGCUUGAGUUUCUAGAAUACUGGAGAUCGGUGCUUCCAUCACAGUUGGCCUGGGAAGACAAAGAGCUUCCAUCCACCGACCCCCUCAUGGCUUCGUUACGAGCAGAAUAUUACAAUAAUAGGGUCAAGUUGUUGCGGCCGUAUUUGGGAAUCAUACGAAACUGCGAGUGUUUCAAUGUUGCGGUGGACAGACCGUCUGCAGGUCAGCGAAAGCUCUCUGGAGUCGCCCUCGACUGGGUAAACAGUGCUCUUUCAAGCAUUAUUGCCUUUGACCGUAUUGGUACGAGUUACGACGGCACAUACGAGACGUAUCGUACUACAAGCAGAAGUUCAGUAAUGUUGAGUAAUCCUGUAGAAACACUCCAUACGCAAGUCACCUCGCCUGUCAAGUGCUUUUUUCGAGACUAA